AUUUUCUUACUUACAUUACAUUUUUACAUAAAAGUGUGAAACAAAAACAUGGUUUGUAAGAAUUUCUACAAAGGCAAAUACUAUGUAACAUACAAGCGUGGUUUUGAAGAUUGUAAAAAAGAUGUUAUUAUUACUAUUGACAAGUUGUUUGAAAACGAUAGUUUGAUUUUGACUUUAUCAGAUGACGAAGAUCCGUGUUUUUUAUUCAAAAUUUGUAUAACAAGAUGUGACUAUGAAGACUUGAAAAAACAGCAAGGCCUUCUGAUAGACUUCGACAAUUUUCCGUCUCAAAUCGUCAGGUUAUUGCAACAAUGUGCUUCCAAUAACAUGUUUUUAAUUAUUCAUCAGUUGAACCCCAUCAAAUAUAACUUUGAGAUCGUUGAACACAAUGAAUUCAAAAGAUUGGUCCAUUUAUCAUUAAGUACUGGGCCAGCAACUGAUUCUGACAUAAAACAACAUAUGGCUGAAACUAUAUCUAAUUUAAAGAAAAAUUUAGCUGCUGUUAAAAGUUCAUCAACCAGUACGGAAGCAAUUUUGAAUGACAAAAUACUUAAAAUGGAAGGAAAGAUUCAUGACUUAACACAUACAGUGUCAAAGAUGGAAGAAGAUAAGUUACGACGAGAGACUGAGUUUUAUGAAUCUCUGAAACAAGAGAAAGAUAGAUUGACUCAGGAGAAGAUACAAUGGCAAAAAACAUCUGAUCUCAAUACAAAAACACUAUUGGCGAAUUCUCAAGAAAAUUUAAGCAAGAAAGAUAAGCAAAUUGAUGAUUUAAAUGUACUUUGUAAACAACUUCGCGAUACUAUAAUUCAGUUAGAAAACCAAUUGAGUGAUAGAAAUCAACGAAUCAAUUUUAUAGAAAAUGAAGUGCAAAAAACUCAUAUAGAAGUUGCAACUCUAAGAGCCAAAAAUGUUACUUUGGAGCGUGAAAUAAAUGAAAAAGAUAGACAAAUUAAUCAGUUGCAAUCACAAUGUUCCUAUUUGGAAAAGGUAAACAAAGAGAGUAGUGACAGUAUAAAGGAGUUGAAUGAUGCUGUUGCAAUGGCAAAAAAAGAAAAGGAAAGUUUAGAAAAGAGAUUAUCAUUAAGUGAAUCUCUGGCAAAUAAGAACAAUGAUGCUGCGCAUUCAACAGCAGAGCAACUUUUAAAAGCAAAUCAAAUUAUAUCAAAACAAAAUAAUGAACUAAUUGAGGUAAAAGAAAAGCUUUUAUGUAGGACAGCAAUCGCAUUAGAACAAGAAAAAGUUAUAGAGAGUUACACAAAAGAAAUUCAUGAUUUAAAAUCGGAAAUUGAAUGCACAAAAGAUGGUAUCACUGAAAUGAAAAAUGAAUUAGAAAAACUUAAAGAAAAAUGUGAAAAUACCACACAAACAUUGAAAGAUAGAGAGGAAACUAUUAAAAAUAACAAUAUGGUUAUACAGUGGCUGCAUAAGAAGAUAGAAGAUCAACUACCAAACUCUGACAGGCAAAAUUUUGUAGUUCAAUCAAGUAGUUCAACUCCAUAUUUUGUACAAAGAAACAAUCAAGGAAGUAAUAAAUUACAAGAGUCAGAUGAGACAAUUAAUUUUUAUGCAACAUCAAGAAAUUCGAGUCUAGACAACAGUCCUCAAGUUGAAAUUCCACAAGAAAGAUCUAGAAAAUCAGGAUUAGAUCCGAAAUAUCUGCAACCUGCAACGAAAGAUCAACUAACAGAAAAAUCUAAAAGUACAGGUAGAUCUGACGCAGCCUCUUCAAGAAGUCAGAAAGGGAAGGAGAAUAAAAACGUAGAAUUGCCAAAAGUGGUUUAUAAAGAAAAGAAAUCUUCGAGUGCAACAUAUAGGGCAACACCAGUUUCCGCAUAUUUUCCAUAG